CUGUUUAGAAACUGGUCAUGUUCUGCGACGGCGACGCUGCGAAUCAAAUCGCAGAAGGAAGACAUACCGGACCACGAAAAGAACAUUUCACAUAUAUUUUACCCGAAAGAAAAUGACUGGGGCUACAGCUGCUUCCUACCGAUGGAGACAGUGCUUGAUCCCGAUCGGGGCUACAUCAAGGACGACAAGAUUUUGUUAGAGGUGCACGUUUAUGCUGAUGCCCCGCAUGGAGUGCAGUGGGACAGCAAAAAGCACACCGGUUUCGUUGGUCUCAAAAAUCAGGGAGCAACCUGUUACAUGAAUUCUUUGUUACAAGCACUUUUUUUCAUCAACAAACUGCGGAAGGCGGUAUAUCAAAUGUCCACCGAGAACGAUGACCCUCUUAAAAGCGUGGCCUUGUCGAUGCAGAGAGUGUUUUACGAACUUCAGUUUUCUGACAAGCCUGUUGGAACGAAAAAGUUGACCAGAUCUUUUGGGUGGGAUGCAUUCGACUCCUUCCUUCAGCAUGAUGUUCAGGAGCUAUGCCGUGUUUUACUCGAUAAUCUGGAAAGCAAAAUGAAGGACACACCUGUCGAAUCAGUGAUCCCGGAUCUGUUCGAGGGUAAAAUGAAGUCUUACAUUCGCUGUAAGGACGUACCGUUCGAAUCUAAUCGCGAGGAACCGUUUUACGAUAUACAGCUGAACGUGAAAGGGAAAAGAAAUAUUUACGAAUCGUUCAAAGACUACGUGGCAGUCGAGACGCUCGAAGGCGACAACAAGUACGAUGCCGGGCAGUACGGGUUGCAGGAAGCAGAAAAGGGUGUAACGUUCCUCAAAUUUCCCCCGAUUUUGCAUCUGCAGUUGAUGCGAGUUCAAUACGAUUCGCUGCAUGACCAAAACGUGAAGAUCAACGACAGGUUCGUCUACUGCUAUAAUGACCAUUGGUGCAAGUUUGAUGACGACGUUGUGUCUCGCUGUACGAAGAAAGAAGCGAUCGAGGUGAACUACGGUGGAAGCGACAGCGACGUGUCCCACCGUCACUGCACUAACGCUUACAUGCUGGCUUAUAUUCGCGAUUCCUGCUUAAGCGAAAUCCUCGAACCUGUGGCUGAAACCGACAUCCCAUCGUACCUCAAGCAGCGUCUGCAAGCCGAAAAAGAUAUGGAAACGCUGAAGAAAAAAGAAAAGAGCGAAGCACAUCUGUUUUGUCAAGUUAAUAUAGUCACCGAAGAUCUGUUCGAAGGUCAUCAGGGCUCGGAUAUCGUCGAUAUGGACUACGCUGAACGGUUGUGCAGGAAGUUUCGCGUCAAACGGUCAAUGAAAUACGAGGACUUCUGUGCAUUCAUCGGCCAGCAGUUCAAUCUUUGUCCGAAUGUCCAGUUCAGACUUUGGCCGCUGACCCGCAACCAGUCGAACGGUCUUCGGCCGUAUGCUCCAUUCGGCGAGCCUGAAUCAACGUUGGAACGAUGUUUUACGGGUGGUGAAAACCAGAUUUUGAUAUUCAUGGAAAUUUACGAUUUUGGCAAUGGCAUGACCGAGCUACCGCCGUAUAAUCAGGAGAGUGAGUUAUGA